AUGACUCCAAGCACGGUUGGCCCCGUUAUUGAUCUGGGUAACAUUUUUUUCAAUACGUAUUCGUCUUCACAGCCACUACGCGUGCAAAAUAAUUCUGCCCUUCCGGUCGGCUUUCCCUCAAGCCUCCAAACAGACCUUGCAUGGAGUGGACAACAGUUCAAAAAUGAUCAGAGCUACAUUUUCCGGCUUAGCCCUUCCGACGUCUCUGAGGUAGAAGCUGCCCUUCGGCAUUUCAAGACCUUGGAACUUGAUGGCAACGAUGUUUGCUCUGAUAACUUCCCGUUGCCAGUCCUCGGUGAAAAUCUCAGAGGAUUGGCCUGCGACCUCUACGAAGGUCGCGGGUUCUGCGUCAUUCGAGGCUUAGAUUUGAGCAAGUACUCGGUUGAAGACUAUACGGUCAUCUGGCUCGGAAUUCAGAGCUACAUUGCCCCUAAACAAGCUCGUCAGGACAAGAAAGGCAAUAUGCUGGUUCACAUCCAUGCGGACAAAUCAUCCGAGAUGAAGGCCGAACACCAUCGACACUCGACCAAUGCCAUCACAUUCCACACUGAAGAGUCUGGCGACAUUGUUGGCUGGCUGACGCGAAGUACUGCCGCUUCGGGUGGCAAGUGCAUUAUCGCCUCCGCGCACACCGUUUACAAUGUUCUAGCUGCAGCACGCCCGGAUUUGGUACGAAUUCUUGCUCGCUCGGAUUGGCCGUUUGCCUUCCCGCGAUUUCAGUGUAGGCCCGUUAUCUACUUCCACGAGUCGAAACUGAUUAUGAAUUUUGGUCGCACCCCUCUGAUCGGGAAUUCGGUCCACAUCCGGCCAAGCUACCUUCCUUCGCUAUCAGCCCACCAGAAGGAGGCCCUCGAUGCGAUAGAAGCCAUCGCACAAGCAACUCAGAUGGAGAUUCAAACCCAAGCCGGCGAUAUGCAUUAUAUAAACAACCUCGCUGUCCUCCAUCGCCGGGAUGCCUUUGUCAACGGUGACGAGCCUACCGCCAAGCGCCACCUUGUUCGUAUGAGGCUCCGUAACGACUCUCUUGGAUGGUCUAUUCCCGAUGAGCUCGAAGAAGAGUGGACCAGAGCCUUUGAAAUGAAGGGCGACCGCAUCUGGCAUCUAGAACCGAUGCCUGAAGGCUUCUUCCCUCUUCGAAUGUACACGAACUAG